AUGGCUUCCUCAGAGAGCAUGAUGCCCAGUGGCUGUAAGAUUUUCACCACAAUGCCUGAUAUUCUCUUCAUUCCAGAGUUUGUAUUUGGUGAAUUGGUGUGGACACUAGUGGCCUCCACCAAAGUGGAACCAGCAAAUCCUCAGGGCUGGGUCACGUUUGUGUCACUUUUCUGCUUCCUUAUCACCACUCUCUGGUUCUUCAUAUUUAUUACUGGCAUAAACCAGAACAGCAUCUGGCCUAGCUUGGAUGUAGGAUAUCAUUCCUUCAGUGUAUUCUUUUAUCUGAGUGCUGCAGUGCUUUUGGCUAAUGUCACUAUCGGAAAACAAGGAUUGGAUAAAGUGUACCAGCUAGACAUUGCUGCCGUGGUUAUGGCAUUUAUUGUCACAUUACUGUACUGGAUCCUCUCUGCUCACCGAUGGAAGUCCUCUUGA